UCUCUCUCCCACGUAAGGCAAAGGAAUUUUCCCUUGCCUUACGUGCCAGCAAAAGCGCAGGUGAUUUCCACAUGAGCGACUUUGGGUGGAGAAUGGUCAAAGUUCCAGGUUCAAAGUCAACAAACCGCCAUAUUCUUAAGAUGAAGGACCUUAUCGAAUCCUGCUCUUAUUACCAACUCUAUCAAAAUGUGAAACAAUUUUCAAAAAAUGGGGAGUGCUUCUUCAGAGAGCUCAUGGCAGUUUUUCAGCAAAGGGCUGAGCUGGAACUUGCGUAUGCCAAAGGUCUACAAAAACUGGCAGGCAAACUGAUCAGAGCCUCCAAAGGAAUGUCAAACAAUUCCACCUACAGUGCCUGGUGUCAUGUGUCAGAUGAGAUGUACUCAAGAGCAGACGCCCACAGAUCUUUGGGAAAUGCAUUUCAGCAAGAGGCCAUCUUGGAAAUACGUCAAGUCUUAGAUGAGCAUAAUAGGAGGAAGAGGCCUCUUGACAGUGUGAUUGACAGAAAUGGGAAACAUUUUCAUGCUAACUGGAAUGAGCAACUUAAGCUAAAAAAGAAACUGGUUGGACUGACAAGAGAACACGAAGCACUGUUCAACUUUGUUGAAAACAACAAACACAUCUGCACUGAAAAAGAAAAACAAAAGAUGCUUAACAGGCUGACUAAGUCAGCAGAACUGCAGGCACGUGUGGAUGAGGAGUACUUCAGUAUCAACAUGGAGGGUCAACAGAUGAGACUGAAGUGGGAAAACACAUUGAAAAACUGCUUCCAGGUCAUACAGGAGCUGGAGAAACAGCGAAUUGAAGUUCUGUGCAACAUUUUAAAAAGAUAUAAUCUCCAUAUGUCCAGCUUUGGACAGACCCUCAAACAUGGCCAAAAACAAAUAGAGCAGACAGUCCAAAAGGUGGACAUGGAUAAAGACAUACAAACCCUCGUAGAGGAAAACAACAUUACAGAUGAAGAUAACAAAGCAGAGUUUUUGAUGGCUGAUUAUUUUGAGGAAGACAACAAAUCACUGAUGGACAGAGACAGAAGAAGAAAUGCAAUCAAGCUCAAACUCCAGCGUCUAGAGGACAGCAUUACAAAGACAAAGAAAGAAUGUGAAGGAAUUGAAAAACUGAAGAAAACAUACUCUGAGAAUCCCUCUUUUUCAAACCAAAGGAACCUUGAGGAAACUGAACAGCACAUAGAUGAGUUUACUUUAAAACUGGAUCUCCUCGAGGCCACUCACUACAAACUCUCCUCGUCGCUGUCUGAGUUAGAAGGGAAAUCCAAGUCAUUUCACCGUUUCAGUGACAGCAUUUUCAAAUGGAAAGAUAAGGACUGUGAGCACAGCAUUGUUCAACUGUCUCGCCCGGUCAAACUCAGGAGGACACCGUUCAGAUCCUCACGCUCACUGAGAGCCUCCAUCAUUUACAAAGGACCAGUUCAGCUUCAAGCACAGCCAUCUGUGGAGCCUUCACCAAAUGGUACUGACCAAGUCACUUCCACAAUAGUAACAAAGGAAACUGGGAAGUGUGGCGGCACUAUUAACACAGCCCCAUCUCACACAGAUGAUGACAAAGGACAAGCAGAUGAAACGGCAGAGUUGAGCAGUAUUGGACAAUGCAAGGCCCUGUACAGUUUCACACCUACACACAAUGAUGAACUGACUUUUAAAGAAGGUGACCUUCUGGAAAUUUAUACCAAAGAAGAUAAUGGUUGGUGGUUUGGCAGUCUUGACGGACAGACAGGUCAUUUCCCAUCAACCUAUGUUGAAGAGCUACCUGUGCUAAGCAGCAUCAAAUCAUCUGAUGCCUGAAUGACUGGAUGGAUGAAUGAUAAAUCUGCUGAUUGUUCAGCCUGCUGUGCCAUCCAUUUAACAGCAGCAAGCCUUCAUAUCUAUGCACUGAGUUUUUUUAUUAAUUAAAAACAUAAAUUUUAAUAAGUACUCUUCUGUUGACAAUCAAGAUCUGAUGUUUUUUUUUUGUCCACCCAAAUUUUGGA